CGACUUUUUUAGAUUGAGAACGAGCUUGCGAAAAGGAUAAGAAGUCAUAGAGUCUCACACUCACUCUCAGUCUCACUGGGAUCUGAUCGAGUGAGAGAGCAAUGGCAGCUUCGCAAUUCUCUGCAACGCCGACUCGGCCAGAGGCAUUGACGCAAUGCAAUUCUCUAGCUACAGUGUUCGGGUUCGGUUCUAGAAGCAUCGGAUCAAAGAUGUUGUCGAUCAGGACCUUGAGUUCGCGGCCUUCGAGGCGGUGUUUCUCAGUGAAGAACGUAUCCGGAGAGACGAAGCAGAAACUGAAGGAUCCGAUCACCGAAGGAGAAGCUCCAAUCACUCACACUUCAUUCAAACCGGAUGCUGCAUCUCUUGCCUCAAGUAUCAAGUACCAUGCAGAGUUCACCCCAUUGUUUUCUCCAGAGCGGUUUGAGCUUCCAAAGGCUUUCUUUGCAACUGCACAAACUGUUCGUGAUGCUCUCAUUAUUAAUUGGAAUGCAACAUAUGAUUAUCACGAAAAUUUGAAUGCAAAGCAAGCAUACUAUUUGUCAAUGGAAUUUCUACAGGGUAGAGCGCUGUUAAAUGCAAUUGGUAAUUUAGAGCUCACUGGUGCUUAUGCAGAGGCUUUGAGAAAGCUUGGACACAAAUUAGAACAUGUGGCUUCCCAGGAGCCUGAUGCUGCACUUGGUAAUGGGGGUCUUGGGCGCCUUGCCUCCUGUUUUCUGGACUCUUUGGCAACAUUAAAUUACCCAGCAUGGGGUUAUGGACUUAGAUACAAGUAUGGCUUGUUUAAACAGCGGAUUACGAAAGAUGGGCAGGAGGAAGUUGCUGAAGAUUGGCUGGAGAUGGGCAAUCCCUGGGAAAUUGUGAGAAAUGAUGUCUCAUAUCCUGUAAAAUUUUAUGGCAACGUUGUCUCAGGAUCAGAUGGAAAAAGUCACUGGAUUGGAGGAGAAGAUAUAAUUGCUGUUGCCUAUGAUGUUCCAAUACCAGGAUAUAAAACUAAAACCACCAUCAACCUGCGACUUUGGUCGACCAAAGCUCUGUCAAAAGAUUUUGACUUGUAUGCUUUUAACGCCGGAGAGCACACCAAAGCAUAUGAGGCCCUAACAAAUGCUGAGAAGAUUUGUUAUAUUCUCUACCCUGGGGAUGAAUCAAUGGAGGGGAAGGUCCUUCGUUUGAAGCAACAAUACACUUUAUGUUCGGCAUCUCUCCAAGAUAUGAUUGCACGUUUCGAGAGAAGAUCUGGAGCAAAUGUGAAAUGGGACGAGUUUCCUAAGAAGGUUGCAGUACAGAUGAAUGAUACUCACCCAACCCUCUGUAUCCCAGAGCUGAUGAGAAUUUUGAUAGAUUUGAAGGGUUUAAGCUGGAAAGAGGCCUGGAAUAUCACCCAGAGAACUGUAGCAUAUACAAAUCAUACUGUUCUUCCUGAGGCAUUGGAGAAAUGGAGUUUAGAACUUAUGGAGAAACUGCUACCUCGACAUGUUGAGAUCAUAAAAAUGAUUGAUGAAGAGCUUAUUCAAACCAUAGUGUCUGAGUAUGGAACAGCAGAUUCUGAAUUAUUGGAGAAAAAAUUGAAGGAGAUGAGAAUAUUAGAAAAUGUUGAUCUCCCUGCUGCCUUAGCGGAUUUACUUGUCAAGCCCAAGGAAAGCCCUGUUGUUGUACCCAGUGAGGAACUUGAAAAGUCUGAAGAAGCAGUUGAACCUGUUGGUGAAGAAGCAGUUGAACCUGUUGGUGAAGAAGCAGUUGAACCUGUUGAUGAAGAAGCAGUUGAACCUGUUGAUGAAGAAGAUGGAUCUGAAGAGAAAGGCAUUCAGAAAAAGAAAAUGGCAUUGCCUGAACCAGUACCAGAACCACCAAAGAUGGUUCGUAUGGCUAAUCUUUGUGUUGUGGGAGGUCAUGCAGUAAAUGGGGUUGCUGAGAUACAUAGUGAAAUAGUAAAGGAGGAAGUAUUUAGUUCAUUUUUUAAGUUGUGGCCUGAGAAAUUUCAAAAUAAGACAAAUGGGGUGACGCCUAGAAGGUGGAUCAGCUUCUGCAAUCCAGAUCUAAGUAAAAUAAUAACUGACUGGACUGGCUCAGAAGACUGGGUCCUAAAUACUGAAAAACUGGGAGAGUUACGAAAGUUUGCAGAUAAUGAAGAUCUUCAUACACAGUGGAGGGCAGCAAAAAGGAGCAAUAAGAUGAAAGUUAUAUCAUUCCUCAAAGAGAAAACAGGAUAUUCUGUCAGUCCUGAUGCAAUGUUUGAUAUUCAGGUGAAGCGCAUCCAUGAAUACAAGAGGCAACUAUUGAAUAUCUUGGGAAUUGUUUUCCGCUACAAGAAGAUGAAAGAAAUGAGUGCGGCAGAAAGGAAAGCAAAGUUUGUUCCGCGAGUUUGUAUAUUUGGAGGAAAAGCGUUUUCUACGUAUGUGCAAGCCAAGAGAAUUGUGAAAUUUAUCACUGAUGUUGGGGCUACAGUUAACCAUGAUCCUGAAAUAGGUGACUUACUGAAGGUUGUUUUUGUCCCUGAUUACAACGUUAGUGUUGCCGAAUUGCUUAUUCCUGCAAGUGAGCUAUCACAACAUAUAAGUACUGCUGGGAUGGAGGCCAGCGGAACUAGCAAUAUGAAGUUUGCGAUGAAUGGCUGCCUUCUGAUUGGGACCCUGGAUGGUGCGAAUGUUGAAAUAAGAGAAGAGGUUGGACAGGACAACUUUUUCCUCUUUGGUGCCAAAGCUCACGAGAUUGCUGGGCUCAGGAAAGAAAGAGCUGAGGGGAAGUUUGUUCCGGAUCCACGUUUUGAGGAAGUCAAAGAAUUUGUCAGAAGUGGUGCUUUUGGGUCUAACAACUAUGAUGAACUGAUGGGAUCUUUGGAAGGAAAUGAAGGUUUUGGCCUUGCUGAUUAUUUCCUUGUGGGCAAGGACUUCCCCAGCUACAUAGAAUGCCAAGAGGAGGUUGAUGAAGCAUAUCAAGACCAAAAGAAAUGGACAAAAAUGUCGAUCUUGAAUACAGCGGGUUCAUACAAGUUCAGCAGUGACAGAACCAUCCGCGAGUAUGCCAAGGACAUAUGGAACAUUGAACCUGUCCAAUUGCAGUAGAAGCGUAUGUGUAUACGGAGUGGUAAGAAAUAGUAUUGGUACAUAGUGUACUUUCUUUUGGUCUGUUCAUCUUUUCACUAGGUAGAGUAAAAUGCUGGGAGCAAGGUGUAGUUCAAAUAAAAUUAUGUAAUAAAUGAUCCGAGGUGUCCGGCUUUUACUUGUGAACAAAAGUGGUUCUUGGUUACCUCGCAAUUUUGCCAUGGCUUACCAGUCACCAUGUUUGAACCUUAGUCAUGAAUAAAGAUGCUUAGAUUAUCUGGUGAAA